AGGGGGCGGGGGGAAGGAAGUGGCGUAAUUCGUCAGUGGCGGGCGGCUUGUUCUUUCGUCAGGGUUGUCGAAGAUCGCCGAAUGCUUCCGGAAAUUGCCGAGGCAGCCGCCAUAUCCUUGUCAAGGAGAGUGCGCAUUCCAGAGGCGACGGUGUUUGGGUUGUCAGGGCCGGAGGAGACCCCCGGCCGAGCAGGAGCGCCAUGUUGCGACUUCCUGCUGUCCGCAAGGCCUUAACUGGUGUCACUCAGACUACUAAAGGAUGUGUGCGCACAACAGCUACAGCAACAAGCAACCUCAUAGAGGUUUUUGUUGAUGGGAACCCUGUCUUGGUACCUCCAGGAACCACAGUGCUUCAGGCCUGUGAAAAGGUUGGAAUGCAGAUCCCUCGCUUUUGCUACCAUGACAGAUUGUCCGUCGCUGGAAAUUGUAGAAUGUGUCUUGUAGAGAUAGAGAAAACCCCCAAGCCUGUUGCUGCUUGUGCUAUGCCUGUGAUGAAGGGUUGGAACAUUCUGACAAAUUCUGAGAAAUCCAGGAAAGCAAGAGAAGGUGUUAUGGAGUUCUUGUUGGCAAACCAUCCAUUGGACUGUCCAAUCUGUGAUCAGGGAGGGGAGUGUGACUUGCAGGACCAGUCAAUGAUGUUUGGCAGUGAUAGGAGCAGAUUCUUGGAAAGCAAACGUGCAGUUGAAGACAAGAACAUCGGCCCAUUAGUGAAAACUAUAAUGACACGAUGUAUACAAUGCACUCGAUGCAUCAGGUUUGCAAGUGAGAUUGCAGGGGUUGAUGAUUUAGGAACCACAGGAAGAGGAAAUGAGAUGCAAGUUGGCACUUACAUAGAAAAGAUGUUCAUGUCUGAAUUAUCGGGCAAUGUAAUUGAUAUCUGUCCAGUAGGUGCCCUUACCUCCAAGCCGUAUGCUUUUACUUCUCGACCCUGGGAGACAAGGAAGACAGAGUCCAUUGAUGUGCUAGAUGCAGUAGGGAGUAACAUUGUGGUGAGCACUAGAACUGGAGAAGUGAUGAGGAUUUUACCAAGACUGCAUGAAGAUAUCAAUGAGGAAUGGAUCUCUGAUAAAACAAGAUUUGCUUAUGAUGGUCUGAAACGUCAACGUCUGAUUGAGCCAAUGGUCAAAAAUGAAGAAGGACUGUUCACUUAUGUGACUUGGGAAGAUGCCUUGACGCGUGUUGCUGGAGUGCUUCAGGGAACCCAAGGUAAUGAUGUAGCUGCAGUUGUAGGAGGAUUGGUGGAUGCGGAAGCAUUAGUAUCUCUCAAAGACUUGUUGAAUAGAGUAAACUCGGACAACUUGUGUACAGAAGAAGUUUUCCCUACUGCAGGAGCUGGUACAGACCUGCGAUCAAACUACUUACUUAAUACCAAAAUUGCUGGAGUGGAAGAAGCAGAUGUUCUGCUUCUGGUUGGCACCAAUCCACGCUUUGAAGCACCACUGUUUAAUGCAAGGAUUCGAAAGAGCUGGCUACACAAUGAGCUCAAAGUAGCUCUUGUGGGCAGCCAAGUUGACUUGACUUACACCUAUGAUCACCUGGGAGAUUCUUCACAGAUACUCCUGGAUAUUGCUUCAGAAAAACACCCAUUCAGCAAGGUCCUGAAUCAGGCUAAAAAGCCAAUGGUGGUCGUUGGCAGUGCAGCACUUCAGCGUGGUGAUGGAGCAGCUAUUCAUUCAGCCAUUUCCACUAUUGCACAAAAUGCUAGGACGAAAAGCGGAGUUGGUGCUGACUGGAAAGUCAUGAACAUUCUUCAUAGAGUUGCAAGCCAAGUAGCUGCACUUGACUUAGGUUACAAACCAGGAGUAGAUGCGAUCAGGAAGAAUCCUCCUAAAGCGCUGUAUCUCUUAGGGGCAGAUGCAGGUUGCAUUACUCGUCAGGAUUUGCCUAAGAAUUGUUUUAUCAUCUAUCAGGGGCACCAUGGCGAUGUAGGAGCCCCGAUGGCAGAUAUUAUUCUCCCAGGAGCUGCUUACACAGAAAAGGCUGCAACCUAUGUGAACACUGAAGGCAGAGCUCAACAAACCAGAAUAGCAGUAACACCACCUGGCAUGGCAAGAGAAGAUUGGAGAAUUAUUAGAGCAAUCUCUGAGCUGGCUGGCAUGACCCUCCCUUAUGACAAUCUUGAUCAAGUAAGGAGUAGACUAGAAGAAGUGUCUCCCAACUUGGUCCGAUACGAUGAUGUAGAGGAAGCCAAUUACUUUAGCCAGGCAAAUGAGCUGUCCAAGGUAGUGAAUCAGAAACUUCUCACUGAUCCUCUUGUUCCACCCCAGCUCACAGUUAAAGAUUUUUACAUGACAGAUCCUAUUAGUAGAGCAUCACAGACAAUGGCUAAAUGUGUGAAAGCUGUUACAGAGGGUGCUAAGGCAAUCGAAGAACCCUCCAUCUGCUAAGAAACGAAAUCCAGCAACUACCAGAGUCUGCUAGGCUUGGCUGUCACUGAUUUGGUUUAAAAAAACAAACCAACCAAAAACCUGCUACUGUGGUGGUCAGUUUAGGUUCAAACCUUCAUGAAUAUAAGUGAAGCAGUUUAUUUAAGGCUGUCAGCAUGCAUUUGGUAAUGAUUUUCAGCACAAUUUACUGUAUCUUGGCAUACUUAUUAUGUGUACUGAUUGUGUACAAACGAUGUAAAAUUAAAGCAGGUUUACAUAUGCAA